AUGGCCGAGAACACCGACCGCCUCGCAAUCUCAAACACCGUCCUCACGGCAGCAGGAGUCCUAAUCGCAUUCUUGACAUUUCUCACUGCACUCAACAUCUGGGGUUGUCUAAAGAGACAAAGACAAAACGGGAACGGUCGAUGGACGAGCAUGCACAUGUUCUUCGACCCAAACGAUGGUACGGUUCGUGUGUUUGUGGAUGGGCAGAAACGGAGUGUUUGA